GCAUUGGCAACCUCUGCUGACCUGCGCUGGUGGAGUGGACGGACCCUCCUCCAUUUCCUCCUCCCUUCGCCCAGACACAACCGGUUGCUUCCUCAAGGCAACCGCUUCCCCCACCUCACCUCACAAACCCUGUCAAAUCGCCGAACUGAUCAGGCCGUGCGAAACUCCAAACUUCUUUGGCAGGACACUUGUCUGAGGUUUCUUGAUUUGCUCCUGCUGCUGCUGCUGCUAGCGGUGGUGCAUCUUGGAGAGAGAAUCCUUGCUUCUUCUUGAGAUGGUUGUUCGGGUGAGGAGACGGCGCCAGGUGUUCCAUGGUCAUUGAUGGCGGCGGAUGGAGAGUAGGAAAGGAGGGGCGGCGGCGGCGGCGGAAGAUGCGGGGCGGGCGAUGCCGAGCUUCGGGGCGCCUCAGCCCACCAUCCACACAGAUGUGAACAGCAUGCAACCUUCUCGAGUUACUGACUUUUGGGCGCUUGCACAGUCUGCUGGAUUCCGAAUAGAAGAUCUUGCUAGUCUUAGUAUGAACACUUUGUUCAAUCUGAAGCCAAAUACUCAUAUAAUUAACAACGAUCCUCUUCAGUUUGGAAGUCACGGAAAGCCAAUCUCUGCGUCUCAUAUAAAUACUACAGCAGCAGCAAGAACUGACCCUCAGACACUAGCACAGCAAACGGGAGCACAACUAAAUCUGGUGGCUUUACCAACUAGGAACAUUGAGAACUGGGGAGAGUCAGCUAUGGCUGAUAGUCCCAGGACUGACACAUCAACAGAUCCAGACACUGAUGAGAGGAAUCAGAUGUUUGAACAAGGACUGCUUGCUGGCCCAACAGCUUCUGAUUCUAGUGACAAAUCAAGGGACAAACUAGAUCAGAAGACACUUCGCCGUCUUGCCCAGAAUCGUGAAGCUGCCAGGAAGAGCCGUUUAAGAAAGAAGGCAUACAUCCAAAACCUUGAGAGUAGCAAACUGAAACUUGCUCAGUUAGAGCAAGAGCUUCAGCGGGCUCGUCAACAGGGUAUUUUUAUUUCGACAUCUGUAGAUCAAUCUCAAUCAAUGAGCGGAAAUGGAGCUUUGGCAUUCGACAUGGAGUAUGCACGCUGGUUGGAGGAGCACAACAAGCAUAUAAAUGAGUUGAGGGCUGCAUUCAAUGCACAUGCUGGCGAUAAUGAUCUUCGGAUUAUUGUUGAAAGCAUCAUGGUACACUAUGAAGAAAUUUUCAGGCUCAAGGGUGUAGCAGCCAAAGCAGAUGUUUUUCAUGUGCUGUCUGGGAUGUGGAAGACCCCAGCUGAGAGGUGUUUCAUGUGGUUAGGUGGCUUCCGAUCUUCUGAGCUUCUUAAGUUACUGGCAGGUCAGCUUGAGCCUCUUACUGAUCAGCAACUUGUUGGUAUAUCCAACCUGCAACAGUCCUCCCAACAAGCUGAAGAUGCUCUUUCUCAAGGGAUGGAAGCAUUACAACAGUCACUUGCAGAAACUCUAGCAUCUGGAUCCCUGGGCCCUGCUGGAUCUUCUGGCAAUGUUGCAAAUUACAUGGGACAAAUGGCGAUGGCUAUGGGAAAACUCGGCACCCUCGAAAACUUCCUACGGCAGGCUGACAAUCUGCGGCUGCAGACACUACAGCAAAUGCAACGCAUAUUAACCACUCGUCAAUCUGCACGAGCUCUACUUGCAAUAAGUGACUACUUCUCUCGGCUACGUGCUUUGAGUUCUCUUUGGCUUGCUCGUCCACGAGAAUAAAUUCAAUUAAUUCAUAAAUAGGAUAGUUUUAGGUACUGUCUCUAGUGUUGUAUUAAUCCAUUAGUUUCAUCACAUUGCUCAUGUGUUGGUGAGAGAUUUGGAUCAGGAACUUUUCACGUAUGUGUCCAAGUGAAUAUUCAGUGCAUACUGUAGAUGACUUCAUAUUAUGAAUUAUUGGGCAAGUUUGUAACAAUUUUGGAUUUUUUUGGAGUUUUAAAUACUUGCAGAAUAAUCUAAGAUCUUAUUAAGGGAUGA